UUGUAAGUUAUUGGGGAUGCGAAUUGCGAUUGUAAUCCAAGAAAUAAAUUAGUUGUAAAUUCUAACUUUGAAAUUAGUUUUUUAGGCUUUUAAAAAGUUCAGGAAUUCUGUAACGAUAAUUGAAAUGGAAAACCAAUCUGAGACUCCUUCUCAAAGAAAAUAUCCCCAAAGGAACAGAAAGAAAGUCAAGUAUUGGUACGAAGAUUCUGAUAUAUCAAUAGAAGAUACACCCAAAGGCAACAAAGUUGCCAAAAUAAAUCCUGAUGAAUCUGGUGAAGAUUCUUCAUGUGAAAAAGAGAACAACAAUGAAAAUGAAUCAGAUGAAAAUGGAGAAGAAAUGGAAGAAAAAGAGGAAAUAAGUGAAUAUGAAAAGUUAAGGUUGAAGAACCUCGAAGAAAACAGACGUAUCAUGAUGGAACUAGGACUGUUGAAUCCAAAAAAGGAACAAAAAGAAGAAACAAUGAAACCCAAACCAACUAAACCAAAAAGCAAGCCUGCUCAAAAAGUUAAACUUGAGCCAAGGAAGAGGUCACUUCGCCUUCUAAGGAAGACCCCUGAAGGCAGAGAUUUGCCGCUGACGUUUGAAGAAACACCAGAAACUCCUGAGAUUGAGGAGAAAACCAGAAUAGAAGAAGAGUCACUUCCAAUGAACGAAGAUGGCAUGAUUACAGAUUUCCUUGACAGUUUAAAACUGUCUUUGUCCCAAGGAUCGAGUAGCCAAUCCAGUAUGGAAUCCACUGAUAGCUUGAUUCAAGACAUGAGAAAAUUAGAGUUUGCAACUCUUCAAAAAGUAACCAAAUCCAAAGUACAUAGUAUGUGUGUUCAUCCAAUGGAAAACAAACUAUUGAUCGUUGUCGGAAGUACUCAAGGAGAACUAGGAUUGUGGGAUGUAAACAACAGUCAGGUUGUCCAGUUCACUCCUCACAUGCGUCCUGUCAAUUGCGUGUCAGUCUCUCACAACAACCCUUCUGAGUUGUUCACUACAAGUUUUGACGGAACAGUUCGUUGUGCAAAUAUCAACAGAUCCACUAUUGACCUGGUUUACCAAACUGAUGAAAAAUCAAGCAUGUGUCACCUCACCUGGCAUACUCAGCUGGAUUCAAAUAAUUUAUUAGUUGCUCAUGGUACAGGGGAUGUGGGGGUGGUAGACCUGAGGACCAAGUCAGUUGAGCGAUGGUACCACUGUCACCCUCGGUCAGUGCGCACUAUCCACAUACAUCCUACCAAACCUCAGUACUUCCUCACCGGCUCUGGCACUGGUGAGGCCAAGGUGUGGGAUCUGAGAGCAAGCAAGAAGCACAAUGAUGAGCCUGUGUCAACUCUCUGUCAAGGCGGCAAGGCGCUCACAAGUGUAUUCUUCUCUCCGGAUGGCAACAAGGCUGUCGCCACGUGUAAUGACGACCGCAUCCGCAUAUACGAUACUUCUGACCUCACAACAGCCAAAGAGUUACACAGUAUUCUACAUGACAAUCACACUGGCAGAUGGCUAUCUGUGUUCAAGGCAAUCUGGCAUACUCAUAGCUCUGAUCUGAUAUUCGUGGGGAGCCUGCUGCAGCCACGCCGGAUCCAGAUGUACAACGGCUCAGGACGUUUGGUCAAAGACUUGAUGGAUGAGCAGCUAACUACAGUUGUACCAGUGAUCUCUCUGCACCCGACACUCCCUAUCAUAGUGGGAGGCAACAGUAGUGGAAAGGCUCACAUCUUCACCACUCCUCAGUACAUCAGCCAGUACAUUGACUAAAUUUUGUACGAUUAUAAUCCUAAAAUAAAGGCCUAACCCAGAACUCUCAAUGGUCCAUAAAAAGGUUGUAUGUAUUUGAACCUGCUAGUGUCUACGCCAGAAUCUAGGUAUGCUGAUGUAGCUGUGAUUUUUUUAAAGUAUACCUGUCACUAAGGUGUAGUGAAGUCAGUAGCUCGCCAGCCAGCGACAGCAGCCCUCCUAGAUUCUGGUAUAGACAAUAGUAUGUUCAAAUACAUAUAACCUUCUUAUGUCCCUGUGAGAGUUCUGGAUUAGGUCUUUAUUCUGUUUUAUCUCACCUCAAGUGUGUGUUAAACAUGAUGUUUUAAAGAUUUAAGUAAACUUGAGUUAUAUAACGUUGACUUGUAAUUAUUGUUAUUCUAUAGACUAAGUUUAACUGCAGUCGUGCUUCGUUAAAAACAAAUUAUUCUCUUCAUUUUAAAUCUAAAUGUUACAGUUUAAAUUCAAUUUAAAUAUUUAGAACUAGCAAGUGAAAAUGUUAUGACAGCCUUUGUAUGAGUUGACAGCAAUUUGAUUGAUUUAGUUUAAAAUUUUAUAAGCAACUACUGAUCUUCAUGAUUUGUCUUUACUGUUAGAUAGUGUUUUAUUGUUCAUUUUAUUUGGAAAUAACCACAGUAUAAAAUAGCUUUUUCCAUAUAUGGGAAAUUCGUUAAUAGUCUUGUGUCUACCAUAAGCCUCUUGUAAUAAAUAAAUUAUUUUUUGGUUAAAC